AUGAUUAUGGAUUCAAAAUUGGCAUUUAUAUUAUUUUUAAUUAAAUUAUUUAUCCUUAUAGAAAUGAUAAUUCAAGAAUUUCUCACCACCACCACCACCACCAACAACAACAACAAUAGUCAUGAAGAGGAAGAUCAAGAAGAAUUUGAUGAGAAAUUUAAUAACAAUUAUCAUGAAGAAGAAGAAGAAGAAGAACAAGUUGAUGAUGAUGAUGAUGGUAAUAUAAUAUAUGAUGAAGAAAAAUCAUUUAUAUAUAAUACCAUUACUAAACAAUAUGAAUCAAGACCAAUAACACCCAAGAAGAAGAAUGAGAGUAGGAUAACUUUACAAGAAUUUAUUUUUUUCAUAAUUUGUUUUAUAAUGAUUAUAUUUGAUUGGAUUGUUAUUUAUACUAAUGCAUAA